AUGAACUUUUCUUUUUCUUCUUUUUCCCGGUAUUCUUUCUUUUCUUUCUCUUCAUCAUUAUUCUUUGUUUCUUCACUUUUUCUUCUUUUGUCGUCCUUCUCUCUAUUGGGCAUAACUGCGCAUGCGCGUAAGCAUAUAGUUCUUUUUUUUUUAUUCACUUUCUCUCUCUCUCUCUCUCUCUCUCUCUCUCUAACACACACUGAGAAUAAUGAGUGCUUUUUUCCCUCUGUCUAUUCCCCUUUGUAUGAAUUAUCCUUCUCAUUUCCUCCUUUCCUCACCCCUCCUGCCUGUCCACUCUACAUCAUCCCGUGGUAUGACUCUACCCCCGCCGUCAUCUUCUCACUCACCUUGAGAGACAAAGAUGGGCUCCUAAGUGCCAGUCUUCGUAGUUUCCUCUCUCUUCCUUACCCGUCCCUCAUAUCUACAACCUCUUUCAUUCAGCUGCAGUACCGCUCAUUCUCUCUUACUCAUUUCAAUCACCUUUCGGUUACUCCCAGUCUUGAACAUUCAUUGAACGAUCGCCUGACUUUCUCAUUCUCAUCUUAUCUUCCUCCCGCCUUUUUUUUCAUAAAACUUCUUUAUUUCAUUUUCUUCGUCUUCCAACCUUUUCUACUUCUUUCCCUCACCCGUCAUCUCUUUCUCCAUUUUCUCUUUUCUCUUUCUCUUUCUCUCUCUCUCUCCCUCUCGUUUCUCAUUUCCAUAUUCUCUCUCUCCCCUCUAGGGUUAACUUUCAUUCUUAUUUCCUUAUAUGGAGUACCACCAAGCGUUCUUUCAUUCAUAUAUUCCAGUCUCCCUUUCUUUGCCAACUGCCUGCCUGCCCGCGCCUCUUUUCAUUCAUCUCCUGCUGUUUCUUUCCCCACCCUUCUCAACUCUCAUUCGCCCCUUUCCUUUACAGACCGCCUCUUAUUCCUGCCCUACACACAGAAUUAUCCCUUUUCUGUAUAG